AUCAUGAAUGAAAAUUGUGUUUGGUGACAUUUUAAUGUCAUUUACUUUAAAGUCAAUUUGUUUUUCUUUAGUUUAAAGAGUAAAGUGUACACUACGAAAUUAUUUUGAAAUGUCACUGUCAUCUUACUGUCAUCCAUCUGUCAGAUUUCCAACCCUCUUUGGUUACAUGCGCCCCGCUCACCCCUAGCAGUGGUGGGUUUGUCUGUUGUCAAAACGCGUCGCGACGUCGGGUCCGUCUGGUCGGUCUGGUCCAGUGGCCACAACAGCCCGCAAGUGCCCCCAUUGGUUUGCUGUCUAUCAUGUCGCCGGAGGAUUGCGCCCCCAUGUUAUCGACGACCACCUGAAACGCCGCCGUCGCCAUGGACGGGCCGCUGGGGGAGAUCAACGUGCUGGAGGUGAUCUUUUCAUACCUGCACCUGGCCGACCUGCGCAACUGCGCGCUGGUCUGCAAACGGUGGCAUCGCUACCUGAACGACGAAAACAACGACGUGUGGCGGCUGCACUGUGCGCGAAAGCUUGCCGAAGAAGCUCUCAAGUCCGACCUGCUUGCUUCGGUACCGACCCACAAGGCGAAGUUACGCGCCUUCCAUCACUCAUGGAACCCCAACGACUGCUCGCGCAACAUUUACAUUAAGCCCAACGGCUUCACGUUACAUCGCAAUCCGGUGGCACAGAGCACAGACGCAUCACGCGGAAAAAUUGGCUUCAAACAAGGCCGGCAUGCAUGGGAGGUGAUUUGGGAGGGCCCCCUAGGCACAGUUGCUGUUAUUGGCAUUGCUACCAAAGAUGCACCACUGCAAUGCCAUGGAUAUGUUGCUCUAUUAGGAUCUGAUGACCAAAGCUGGGGAUGGAAUCUUGUUGAUAAUCAUCUGCUGCAUAAUGGGAAUGCACAGGGGAAUUAUCCAUUGUUGAAUAAUGCACCUAAGUAUCAAGUCGGUGAACGAAUACGAGUCAUAUUGGAUUGUGAUGAUAAUACAUUAUCAUUUGAGAAAAACUACGAAUUUUUGGGUGUUGCGUUCAGAGGUCUCCCCGAUAAAAAAUUAUAUCCAACUGUAUCAGCUGUGUAUGGCAACACGGAAGUCUCGAUGGUGUAUCUAGGACCACCCUUGGAUGGCUAACACAUGUCCCCAUCAUCUGUCCCCCCACAAUUGCCUGGUUAUAUAGGUGAUGCACCACGAAGAGUGCGUGCAACGUGUACAGAACGCGCUGAAAUGCGUAAUAAUCAUAACAUAAUGACUUAUACCUGCCUCAUAAAUUUACGGAGAGAGUUGACACAUAAGAUGGCUAUGUAUAUGACUGUCAGGUUUGCCAUGUGAUAAUACUACUGUAUAUUUAACUAUUUAACUAGAUACCUAGCGAUAGUCGCAUGAUUGAUGGGAAAAUGAUGUUGGAGAUGUGAGGACAGGUGAAUAGUUGAUUAUCUAAUGUCUGAAUGAACCAAAGUAACUUCCAAUUAAAUUAUUUUGAGAAGCGGAAGGAAAACAUGACACAGCGUGUCAUUGGAAGUGACUGAUGGUAGAUCAUUAAUGCUGUAGUGAAAUUCAAGUUUAGUCAUAAUUUAAUUAUGUUAGUUACCAUUAUUUUGCGUUUGACAUUUUUUUUGUGCAGGGCCAAAAGUGCCAUGUAGACGACGAAGUUAUUCAAAUAGCUCCUGUGAUAUAUUUAUUUCAUUUUUUUAAACUUAAUUUAUUUAUAUUUUGCAGUAUUAUUUGUGCCAUUAACUAUUUAUUUUAUAGCUAUUUAUAAAUGCGGGUAGCUGAAUUUUAUGUUCUAUUUUUAGUCAUUGUGAGAAUCAAAACGCCAGGGCUAGUUUUAAUAUUAAUUUAACAUAAUUUAUUAAUGUCCAAUUUCAAAUUCUUCGACUUUUUCGCUAUUUAUUUGUAGAAUAUAUUAAUCUAGUCUAGCAUCAUGGAAGUCUCACGUAGAGAUCAAUUUCACGCAAAGCAAACAACAAACGAUUAAGCUAACUUGUACAUACUAGUAAAAUACGACAAAUUCAAAUGAAGAAACUUAGUCGACGUACGUCCUCGAAUCGUGACCUUCCAUCACUGAAAUCAUGAUUUACAUCAAUUCUGAUAAGUUUUACAUCAUCAAGUCAAACUUGAUGCGAAGGUUUGAACGUCAGCAGAAAUAGUCAUUUUAAUCAACUUAAUAUUGACUGUAAUAGAUCUAGUUUUGUACAUACUGAUUAAAUUAAUAUGGAUCACUUUAAGCAAGCAAUUGACACGAACACACAGGAUAUAUUAAAAUAACUCUUUAAUUCUUAAACAAUUAAUUAAGAAUUUAAUAAUUGCUACGAUAUGAAGAAGCGGAUGAUUGUAUAGAAAAAUGGAAACGGAAUAUCUGCAAGCAUAUAACGAUCGAAUCGAACACAUGAUACUCACUUAGUAAUUGCAUAAACAGUACAGAGAUGUAUGUGUAAAACGCAAGCUAAUUUUCUGCCCGAUUAUAUAUUAUAGAAUUGAUAUUUUUUAAAACUGCGCCACAGCAAAGAAAUUAGCUUGCGUUCAGCAAUGUUGUUAACGAUUUCAACUUAUUAUGUAAAUGUACGUCUUUCUAGUCUUUAACAUUUCAUAAAGUGAAAGAUGCGAAUUUGUCCUGAUAAAUGGUUUACAUGUCCUUCAUUUGUCUGCUUGUGUCUUCUAAACUAUUAUUUAUGCAUUCCAUUUCAUUAUCACUCUAAACUUUUGUGCUCUACAUGUAUUGUUAGUACAUUACUUGAACCUCUCACGGCACAUUAUUAUUUUUAUGGAUUGAUUUUGUUUGUUAUUUGCUAAAGGUUGUAAUAGAAAUCACCAAUGCAUUAUCGUGUAGGUGUAGGAAUACAAAUGACGUGCUGUUGUAACAUUCUGAUGAUGAUAACGAUGAAAUUUGAAGGUGGGUUUACGUUUUGUAACAUAUGAAUGAAAAUGCUUGUGUUUAUUGAGUAAGCAACAUGAGGAACACUGGAAAUUGCAUAAUUAUUGUUAUUUUGUCUUGGAUGAUAAGCGAAAUAGACUGAUAAUUAAACAAA